AUGGCCAACCUUCAGAAGCUCAACUGCUUGAUGUGUGGUACGGUCAGUGAUUCCACUUGCCAGGCGUCUGCGUCAAGACUGAAGGCCAAGGUACUUGUACAGGGAGAGUAUACCACGGGAUGGACAGGAAGUGGUGCAUCCAAGUCUGACAAGAAGGUCGAGAAGCUCAGCAUGGUUGGCGUCAACGGGGGCAAGUUCCCCGCCAUCCGCCAGCACUUGCAAGAGAACAUCGCCGGUGUGUACAAGGACAUGGACGUCUCGUUCGAUGCAUUCCCGGAAGAGGGCAAGGUCGACCCUCUGGCUUACAAGACUGCCAUCGACAAGCUGUCCAAGGGGGACGCAGUCAUCAUCUUCACGCCCGACAACACGCACUACGACAUCGCCCUCUACGCCAUCGAGCGCGGCCUCCACGUCCUCGUGACCAAGCCCGCCGUCCAGCAGCUCAAGCACCACAACGCGCUCAUCGCCGCCGCCAAAAAGCACGGCGUCGUCUGCUUCGUCGAGCACCACAAGCGGCGCGUCCCUCCCUGUCCCUUCGACCCGGUGUACAGCGACGCAAAGGCGCGCGCGCAGACGCUCGGCGAGUUCAACUUCUUCAGCGCGUGGAUGAGCCAGCCCAAGAGCCAGCUGGAGACCUUCCGCGCCUGGGCGGGCAAGGACUCCGACAUCAGGCACGCCCAUUUCCCCCCCCUCCCUCACACUCACCCUUACUCACCGCUACCCACCAGCUACUACCUCUCCUCGCACCACAUCGACAUCCACUGCUGGAUGAUGCAGGGCCGCGCGGUGCCCACGCGCGUCGUCGCGUCCGCCGCCGCGGGCAUCGCGACCUCGCCGCCGUACAACUGCGUCCCGCAGACCGAGGACACGAUCACGCUCCUCGUCGACUGGCAGAGCCUCAGCAGCGCCGCGCACCGCGGCACCGCCGUGUACACCGCCAGCUGGACGCACCCGCUCAAGACCGGCGUGCACAGCGCGCAGCACUGGUACUACAUGGCCGAGAAGGGCGAUAUAAGCGUUGACCAGGCGCACCGCGGGUACGACGUCACGGUCGACGACACCGGCAAGUCGUGGUUCAACCCCUUCUACAUGAAAUACUCGCCCUCGGAGUCGGGCCACUUUGACGGCCAGCGGGGUUACGGCUACGUUUCCAUCGAAAAGUUCGUCGACGCCGCGCGCAGCGUCAACGCGGGGCUCGCAAAGCCCGAGGAGUUCGACGCGCACGGGCUGCCGACGAUCGCGAACACCGUCGCCACGACCGCCAUCCUGCACGCAGGCCGCAUAAGCCUCGACGAGAAGCGGCCCGUGGUCAUCAAGACAUCAGGCGGCCAGUACUCCUUGGAGUAA